AUGGUCGCAGACACUACGUACUACGAUGCUCUGGGGGUGCCUCCCACGGCAACCGAACUGGAGAUUAAAAAGGCAUACCGUAAACUUGCCAUUGUCACUCACCCCGACAAGAACCCCGGUGAUGAGACUGCGCAUGCGAGAUUCCAAGCGAUCGGAGAAGCCUACCAGGUCCUUAGCGACGAAGAACUGCGAAAGCGAUAUGAUAAGUUUGGCAAGGAGGAUGCAGUCCCCGGUGGUGGUUUCGAGGACCCGUCGGAGUUCUUCGGCAUGAUAUUUGGUGGCAACGCUUUCGUCGAUCUUAUCGGCGAAAUCUCUCUCAUGAAGGAUCUCACCACUACGAUGGAUAUCACCAUGCAGGAGAUGGAGGAGGAGGAACUGGCUGCAUCCGCGGAGGAAAAAUUGAAUAUCCAUGACGAUGACACCAAAGCGGCCCCUGGCGCCUCCGUGGAGGGUGGUGCUGCUUCCGCUCCUACUGGCAGUGCAACUGCUGCGGAUGCCCCCGCUUCUGAAGAGAAAUUCGAGAAACCCACCCCAACGCCCAGCUCCGGCACAAGUACGCCUCGUCGUUACCUCGGUCAACAAGCCAUCAUGGACAAAUCCGAGGAGGAUGCACGGAUGGAGGCAGCUGGUGUGUCUGCGGAGGAGAGAGAACUACACAAGAAGAGCAAGAAGAAGGGCGGCUUGUCCCGGGAGCAGGAGGAGCGCUUGGCUGCGUACGAAUUGGAGAGAAAGAAGGCCCGCGAGGAACGGGUCAACACAUUAGCCACGAAGCUGGUGGACAAGAUCAGCGUCUGGACCGAAACGGACAAGGGCGCCGAUGUGACACGCGCAUUUGAGGAGAAGAUCCGCCUCGAGGUAGAGAAUCUGAAGAUGGAGUCGUUCGGUCUUGAAAUCCUGCAUGCGAUCGGUCAGACAUACAUUCAAAAAGGUAGCUCAUUCCUGAAGUCCCAGAAAUUCCUCGGUAUCUCGGGCUUCUUCUCUCGGCUGAAGGACAAGGGCACCCUCGCCAAGGAGACAUGGACCACCAUCUCGACUGCCAUUGAUGCACAGAUGACUAUGGAAGAAAUGGCCAAGCUGGAAGAACGUGGUGGCGAAGACUGGACCGACGAGAAAAGAGCUGAGUACGAGAAGAAGGUCACAGGCAAGAUCCUGGCGGCUGCUUGGCGGGGCAGCAAGUUCGAGAUUCAGAGCGUGCUGCGCGAUGUGUGUGAUCAAGUCCUGGGCGAUAAGAAGAUCAAGUUGGACAAGCGUGUUGAACGUGCCCAUGCCCUAGUCAUUGCGGGUAAUAUUUAUCAAAAGGCGGAGCGUGACCCCGAGGAGGAAGGAGACUACAUGGCGUUUGAGCAACUUAUGGCCGAUGCUAUGACGAAGAAGGGCAAGGAUGAGAAGGAGAAGAAGAAGAAAGAGAAGAAGUCCAAGCAUGAACACGUUGAAGAAUCCACCGCUUAG